AUCACAUUCACACCGUUCGAGCGUGGACACCCGGCGAAGCUCAUCGUCCGACGAGGAUCCUUUCCGCCGCCUCAUGGUCGAGUACGGCCAUCUUCUCCCCCACCGGCCCGACACGCGCAUGGCCACUCUGGACCUCAUGUUUGUCGCAGCCUCGGCGCUUCCAGAGGACGAAGGAGAUGUGGUCGCCGCCCUCAUUUCCGAUGCGUGGGAGGCGCUAAACGCCGCCCUGCAUGGCCCGGAGCCGGUGCGAGGGGAAGAAAGCGAGGAUGGGGACGACGAGUCUGAGCCCCGUCCGAGCAUCACGUCGGAGGCGCGCAGUCCAUGUCCAUGCGGCGGGCGGUGCGGCGCUGUAUGCGAGUACGAGGCGGCCGUGGGCCCACAGCCCUUGCGACGUCUGGCGAAGCGGCGCUCAUUCCGACGCCGCCAGGUCCUCAGCCCUCUGCCCGAGAUCGGCGAGGCGGGGCCGUCGCGGCCACGCAAAAGCGCUAUGCGAUCGGCCAGCCGAGACCUCAAGUUUUGGGAUCGGUCGCGGUUCAAAGCCGGGCCGAGCGGCAGCCAAGGACUUGACAUGCUCCACGCGUUCCUGGAGCGCGAGGCUGACAAGGCAGCGGCUGAAGCAGGCGAGACGCGCAAAGGCAAGGAGCGAGAGGUGCCGCGCGUGUCGUUUGCCGACGAGCGUGGGUCGGAGGAACGGAGCCUAAGCAUGAUGAGUCCAAGCGCAAGCAGCGGGAGCUGGGAUGAGGCAGAGCUUAUCGCGCGCGGGCUGAUCUCGGCUAGUGACCGUGACAUGCAGGGGGAGUCACGGGAGCGCCGUGAGGAACGCCGGCGGUGGUUCAGGCGCCGCUAAGAAGGCAUCUGUCACUAGAUUAGUUCUAGGUCAGUCGGCACACCGAGCUCCACAUAUAGGGUUCAUUAUACCGGGAUAGUGCUAGGAAUACA